AUGCUGCCGCUGGGGAGGCGAGUGCAGUUGCUUUGCUGGUGGUGGGGGCUGCUGUGCAGCUGCUGCUGCCCCCCGCCCGGGCUGCCGCUCUUUCCCGCCCCCGUCUCCGCCGGGGGAGCGCUGCUCCGGGAUAGCAGCAGGAGCCGCAGCCAGCGGGAGCGGGAGCCGCAAACGCCGCCGCCGACCCCGUCCUCCUCCUCCUCCUCCUCCUCCUCCGGUUUCCUCUACCGUCGGCUGAAGUCGCACGAGAAGCGGGAGAUGCAGAAGGAGAUCCUGUCCGUGCUGGGGCUGCCCCACCGGCCCCGGCCCCUGCACGGGCUCCCGCCCCCGCAGAAGCAAUUGCAACAGUUGCCGCAGCUGCAGCAGCAGCUCCCACCCGCCUCGUCCCUGCGGCGGCAGCAGCCGCAGCCGCAGCAGCAGCCGCCGCAGCCCCCGCCGCCGGACAAGCUCAAGUCGGCGCCCCUCUUCAUGCUGGAUCUGUACAAUGCCUUGCACGCGGCGGCGGAGGAGGAGGAGGAGCAGGAGCAGGAGGGGCGGCGGCGGGACGGGCUGCAGCCUCCGCCGCCCGCGGGGAGCCACCUCGGGGGUCCGUCCCCGCCGCCCCCCGCCCAGCGCACCGCCCCCGCCCCCGCCCCCGCCCCCGCCCCCGCCGGGGCGUCCGGGCACCCGGGCGGCCCCGGGCCCUCGCUGGCCAGCGCGCAGGACAGCGCCUUCCUCAACGACGCAGACAUGGUCAUGAGCUUCGUCAACCUGGUGGAGUACGACAAGGAGUUUUCUCCUCACCAGCAGCACCACAAAGAGUUCAAGUUCAACUUGUCCCAGAUUCCUGAGGGCGAGGCAGUGACAGCAGCUGAGUUCCGGAUCUACAAAGACUGUGUUGUGGAGGGCUUCAAAAAUCAAACUUUCCUUAUCAGCAUUUACCAAGUCCUGCAGGAGCACCAGUACAGAGAUUCUGAUCUGUUUUUGCUGGACACCAGAGCGGUUUGGGCCCCAGAGGAGGGCUGGCUGGAGUUUGACAUCACCGCCACCAGUAACCUGUGGGUGAUGACCCCGCGGCAUAACCUGGGACUCCAGUUGAGCGUGGUGACUAGCGAUGGUCUCAAUAUUAGCCCACGGGCGGCGGGUCUAGUGAGCCGAGACGGCCCUUAUGACAAGCAGCCCUUCAUGGUGGCCUUCUUCAAGGUGAGCCAAGUCCACGUGCGCAGCCCUAGGGCCGUCUCCGGUCGGCGCCGCCAGCAGAGUCGCAACCGCUCCUCCCAGACCCAGGAUGUUUCCCGGGCCUCCGGCGCCACAGAUUACAACAGCAGUGAUUUAAAAACAGCGUGUAGGAAGCACGAGCUUUACGUGAGCUUUCAAGACCUGGGAUGGCAGGACUGGAUAAUUGCACCAAAAGGUUAUGCAGCCAAUUACUGUGACGGAGAAUGCUCUUUCCCCCUCAAUGCCCACAUGAAUGCCACAAAUCAUGCAAUUGUACAAACGCUGGUUCACCUAAUGAAUCCUGACUACGUCCCUAAACCAUGCUGUGCACCUACCAAGCUAAAUGCCAUUUCCGUUCUUUACUUUGACGAUAACUCCAACGUCAUUUUGAAAAAAUACAGGAAUAUGGUCGUAAGAGCUUGUGGAUGCCACUGACCUAAAUGCCAACUUCUCGUUCGGGGGCCAUCUCUGCAAGCCCACCUUGGAGUUCUCUAUUUCAUCUGCCUUAAAAGAGAGAAGAUGCAGUAGCACCUCCGCAGGCUGGGGUGGAAGAGACUUUCAGACUCUUACAGCUUGGUGCUGUACCACCUGAGGAAGAAUGAAAAGACUGCAUGGAUACUUGCUUGCUCAGUACAUACUGUGAGUAAGUACCAGUGGGGAGGAAAUUCCAUCUGGAGCUACAAGACGGUGAGCAUUGCAAAAACUUGACUUUGAAGGAUUUUCCAAAGAAAAGUCUGCCAAAAUACAUUUGCUAUAGCUUGGAUCAAGCUAUUUGUGGCCUUAGCACUUAAAGCUGGAAGAAUAAGGGUGUUACCGGCACUGCAAAGCCAAAGUUAAGGAAUCAGGCCAGCGUUAUUUUAAAAGGCGUGGGGAAGUUGACCCUCAGUGGUAGAUUUCAUUCAGAGACGAUAGUGCGGGACAGAAACCCCAAAGCAUAAAAUAGGGAUCAGGAAGUGCCUUCAGUUUUAGAGGACAGUCCUUAUUAAUCAAGAUAUUUGGGGGGACAGUGGGGAGGCAGAGAAGUUCUGUUUUAGAGGAUAUUGCUUCAGCCAGAACUUUUUGCUGUCCACUCCAAUGAUCUCUCCCCAUCAGAAGCAAACAGGGACAAGGGCUUGGGCCGGUGAACCGCCCGACCCUGAGUUUAGCCACAAUCCAGUCGGUUCUCCUAUAAUGUGGCAGGAUACGUUCCUGAAGAACCCCAUGUUAAGGAAUGCUCGCAUUGUAACAUGCCUGCUUGACCCAUGCCGCACAUACAUGUGCAGCACGUAGAUGGGCUUCCCAGAGCCCACCCUGUUCUAGGCAGGGGCCUGAUGUCAGAAGAACACUGCUGGGUCAGUCGAGCUAGCUAAGCGAGCUUGCCCUGUUCCCUAAUUCUCCAGUGGAGGUUAAUGAAAAGACGUUCUAGAAGAACUGACUUUAUAUGUGAAUUUUGCAGCCAGCCCUCCUAGGUUUGCGGAGCAUCUGCUCUGGCUAUGAGUCUUUUUUUUAGAAGCAGUUCUCUUUGACAGUGUAACUUGUGAAAUAUCACACUUUUCCUGGAACUCUUCCUAUUUGAAAAUGACAUCAACUGCUGGAAUGCUGAAUCCAGUCCCAUCAGUUCUGGCAUGUUCAUUGCCUUUUGCAAUAUAGAGUGCGUAUCUCGCAAUCAGGACUAAUGAAAAAUGAGUAUCACUGAAAGUCUGGCUCUUGAUGUAGGGAAACAGUUUUCCCAUACAAGGGGGUGUUUAUGAAGGGUUGGGUGACUUUUUUAAUAAACUAAUGUCUUUUCAUAGAUUUUUAAGGAGACAAAAAAUUUUACAUUCAUAUAGAAAGCCAGAUGCAGUCAAACUAUUUUAGAAACUAUUUUUGUCAACCGUGAUUCUAGAAAAUCUUUAACCUGUUUCAUACUAAACUUGUUAAAUGCACUUAGUUUUUUUGUAAAUACAAACCUAUAAUUUAUUGCCAUUUUAUUAUAUCCAUUUUGCUGUAUCAUUUAUGGAAAGACUAGACUUUUAAAAAAGAAUUUAUUUAGAAAAUUCAUAAUGUAAACAGUUUGUACCACUUUUUUAUACAGGAAACUAAUGUUGCAAAAAGCUCAAGCCUCUCACUGAGCAUUGUGCUUCUGUAGAAAAUUUUUAAAAGCCCAUUUUGUGAACCAUACAUGUCUAAUAAAGUAUCCUUUAUGGCAGAAAAA